GCGGCAGUGCUGGCAACCAUGGAGAAGAUCCCGGCUCUGGGCCUGGGCACCUGGAAGAUGUUCACUUGAGAAGUCACUUAAGAAGCUACCAGAUGAGUAGGCAUUGGAGUCAUCAACCCCUGCUCAUCAACACAGCAGCUCCGGGCGAGGUGACGGAGGCAGUGAAAGUGGCGAUAGACGCGGGGUUCCGGCACUUUGACUGCGCUUACUUGUACCACAACGAGAGUGAGGUCGGAGCCGGGAUCCAGUGCAAGAUCGAGGAGGGCGUGGUGACCCGGCAGGACCUGUUUGUCGUCAGUAAGCUCUGGUGCACCAGACACGAGAAGUCCUUGGUGAAGGCGGCCUGCACCAAGAGUCUCAAGGCCUUGAAGCUGGAUUACCUGGACCUCUACCUCAUGCACUGGCCCAUGGGCUUCAAGCCCGGGGAGGAAGACCUGCCCCUGGACCGCAACGGCAUGGUGCUGCCCAGCGACACGGACUUCCUGGACACGUGGGAGGCCAUGGAGGACCUGGUGGUCACGGGGCUGGUGAGAGCCAUCGGGGUGUCAAACUUCAACCACCAGCAGCUCGAGAGGCUUUUGAAUAAACCCAACCUGAGGUUCAAGCCACUGACGAACCAGGUCGAGUGCCACCCGUAUCUUACCCAGAAGAAUCUGAUCAACUUUUGCCAAUCCAGAGAUGUGACCGUGACAGCCUACCGGCCCCUCGGCGGUUCCAGUGAGGGGGUGGCCCUCCUGGAUGACCCCGUGAUUCAGAGGAUUGCACAGAAGUACAACAGGUCUCCCGCCCAGAUUGUGGUCCGAUUUCAGAUCCAGAGGAAUGUGAUCGUGAUCCCCAAAUCUGUCACCCCAACACGGAUCCGUGAGAAUAUCCAGGUGUUUGACUUUGAAUUAUCAGAAAGGGACAUGAAGGACAUCCUCGACCUGGACAGGAAUUUCCGAAUGUGCACCUUGCCCACAGCUAAAAACCACAAGGACUAUCCUUUCAACAUAGAAUACUGAGCACGGCCUCCCUCUUCCCCCCCGGCCCGGCCCAACGGGUCCAUGAGGCCCGAGCCGAGGCAGGGCUCUGCCAGGGAGGUGGGGGCGACCGGCUUUGACUUGGGCGGAUUCCUGCCUGGAACAGAGCUGCGCUCCCUGAGAGGUCCACACAGUUCCGGUGGUGGGUGACGGGAAGGGAGCCGCCCUGGGAGCGGUGCUCGCUCUCUGUGGAGAACCCCCCAGUCCUACGGCUCCUUUGAGCACAGUGUGACAGGAUUUUGACCAGACAGGCUGUGUGGCGGGCCUCUACCCUCGGAAAAAAGGUUGUAUUAUGGAAAUUUUUAAAUACAGGAUUUGAGACCAUAGCACGAGUCUCUACAUGUGUCACCCAGCCCCGCUUGAGACCCUGGGCCGGCCUCCCGCCAUCUGUGUGGCUCUGUUCCCUCAAUCCCCCCAGAUGAUUUUAAAGCAAAAUCUUUACGUUCACACGUGCAGAGACAAGCUGGGUGAAGGCGGGAGAGGGUCUCAGUUCAACACAGAGGCUUUUCUUAAAUACGGCUGUGGGGACCCCAAGCAGAGAGGACACGUGGGUCAUUGCCCUCCUGCGCUCAGCGUCCGGGGUCCGUCCAGCGGGCUCGCUCGGGGCUGUGUGUGACUCGUGUCCUCUCUGCUCACCGGAUGGCACUCGAGCACCAUGCUUUGGGCCAUUGUCUUAAAAUCUGCUACAAGUUCUUAUGUUCCACGAAAAAGGUUCAUUUUCAUGAACGAAUGGCAGGAUUUUCCCUGUUCAUGUUAAACGAAAGAAAAGUUCACCAUAUAGGCUAAUAGUGCUUUCUACUAAUAUUUACCGAAUUUUGCUAUUUAAUGAAGUAAUUCUACCGGAUUCAGAAUGUAAAGAAAACUGAGAAAAGCUCAAUUAUAACAAGUAAAAAUGGCCUAAACUAGCAAUAUCUAAGAAGAAUCCUCUUCCUAGUGGGUCCUUCUAAUCUAUGCCCAUGUCUACGACCCAUGUAGAUAAACAGAUUACAUAAAAUACGUGAUCCAUACACACAGAUAACACACGUGCACGAACACUUCGCAAAACCUGUCCCACAGCACACAUGGUCUGUGAUUUGAUUUUUAAAAGGCAUAUGCAUUAUAUACUGGAUGUACAGUCAUGUACCUGUUCACUUAACAUUUUGAUAAGACAGCAAGUAAAUAAAUACUGAAGAUUUAACUCGUAAGCUUUAAA